AUGUCUCUGGUCACUGAGUCUGAGGAAUCUGUUACUGUUACUAUGGAUCUAGUUGGGUUUAAGCAGAUUGGCACCGUAGUUAAUUCCACACGCGAAGCACAUUUGUCGGUGCUCACUGAUAUUGUUUCUGUCGGUAGGCAGACAGAGGGAUUUGUGACUGAAGAGAGCAGAAAACUUCUGCCACCAUACUGUCCGCCCGAGAUAAUGGCCAAAUGCGCUGAAUGGGCUUUGCUUUUAUCCGAUGAGAAUGAAGGACAUUCUUUGGCAACGGCUCUUACUUUACUCACCUCACAUCGCAGUUUCUGGCCUGUCUCUUUGAGGCACAUUCACAACGAGCUGCAUGUCACUCCUUUCCGCUUCCAUAACAAAGCCAAAUUGCAUUUCCAGGUUUGCCCACAUGAUAAAGCAUAUGUUCAUCAUGUCAUACUCGACAAAAUUGAGGAUGAAACAGAACAAGAUUUCGGACCGGACUUACAACCGUUCAUAAUGGGGCUCUCUGUCGGCGUUCCCUUGGAAGAACUUGUUCUUGUGUCCUUCGAUCUGUGCGAUGACGACUUCAUCUCAAAUGUCUUACCCAUUUGCAGCCAUUUCCUGAGAGUGGAAUUGGUGGACUGGCAGAACAUGCUUCUUAUGGUCACAUGCCUCAGUAGCGAUGCCUUCUUUGAGGUGUUGGCUCCUAGGCUGGUCAAGGUGUCCGAGAUUUACUUUCAGCUACAUGAAGAUUGUAUCGAGAAUGCUGAAUGUAUCAUCUCUGCUGCGAGCGUAACGUUGAAGAAAUUGGACGUUAUGAUGUCUUUCGUCUCACUGGCUGCGAACAAAAAAGGCAUCAAUUUAUCGAACUCUUAUGCAUUGCAGGAUCUCACAGUCACUGAGAGCAACCAGUUUGCCAACAUUUUCUUAUCGCCUGCUUCAAUCUUUACCACUGAUGAACUGCCUCAAGAAGAUACGGAGAACUGGAAAGCGAUCAGUAUACAUGUUGCGUUCUAUGUAUGGUGCCGAACGGACAGUGAUCCUGUGGGGCCAGGCGAGAUUCAGGCAAUGGCUAUGAUUUGCGAAGGACUAGGAGAGAGUCCUCAGGUUACAUUAUAUGACUAA